AUUCAUCUGGACCCGAUGAUCAUAAAAGGUGUAUUCGGGAGAUACGAAAGAUGGAACCCAGUGCAUCCGACUUUGGGUGCGUUUUGGGGUAUGGGAAUAGGCAUUGGGUGUGGCGUUGGAUGGGGUCCUGGAUUUGGCCCCGAGGUCAUUGGUUAUGUCGGAGCUGGCUGCGGGAUUGGUUUCAGUGUGGGUUUUACACUUGCUGGUGUUGGCAUUGGCCUUCCUGCUAAUUACAUCUUUCAACUUCCAUACAGCGCUUUUCAAAUAACUAGAAGCGGGGCACAGCAUCUCGUCUCUUCCAAGAUUAAACCUGAUGUUGCCAGGUAUAGGUUUGCACCUCAGCUCUCUGAACUUCAAAGAGAAGCCACUGCAAGACUGUCAAGCAUGGUGCCUUCCCACACUAGCUCUAUUUUGGAACGUGUAGAAAGAUUUAGCACUCGCUUUUUCCAUCCUCGCAAAGGUUCGAAAGAUUAGGUGUUUUGUUUAUAUAUAGGCCAUGUGACUAAGCGACUUCAAAUUAUACUAUCAAGAAAAUGGCAGUGCAUUUGUUGCAUGCAUGGGAGACCGUGAGCUGCUCGAUUGUCAAACGGAGGAAGAUCCCGUUCCCUCCCCACUCCACUCCUUUUC